CGGAGGACGCGAUGGCUCCCAGGAAACGCCCGGAAGCCCAGAAGACCCCCAACGUGGCUGCGCGCCUCCGGAGCAAGAGAAGUCCCCGGGAGCUGGAGCCCGAGGCCAAGAAGCUCAGGGUGAAGGGCUCCGGUUCUAGCAGGAGAUAUGACUCAGGCUGCCUUUGGGCAGGGUUGGCUAGCCUGCAGGUCCCGCCACCAAGCAGCAGCAUCGUCAGGGCCCUCCACCAGUAUAAGUUGGGCAAAGCUGCCUGGCCAUCAUUACAGCAGGGUCUUCAGCAGUCCUUUUUGCACUCUCUGGCUUCUUACCGGAUAUUCCAAAAGGCUGCUCCCUUUGACAGAAGGGCUACAUCCUUGGCAUGGCACCCGACUCAUCCCAGCACCCUGGCUGUGGGUUCCAAAGGGGGAGAUAUCAUGCUCUGGAACUUUGGCAUAAAGGAAAAACCCACCUUCAUUAAAGGGAUUGGAGCUGGAGGGAGCAUCACUGCGCUGAAGUUUAACCUUCUCAAUACCAACCAGUUUUUUGCCUCCUCAAUGGAGGGAACAACUAGGCUGCAAGACUUUAAAGGCAACACUCUCCGAGUUUUUACCAGCUCAGAUACCUGCAACGUCUGGUUUUGCAGCCUGGAUGUGUCUGCCAACAGCCGAAUGGUGGUCACAGGAGACAACGUGGGGCAUGUGAUCCUGCUGAACACAGAUGGCAAGGAGCUUUGGAAUCUCCGAAUGCACAAAAAGAAAGUGACCCAUCUGGCUCUAAACCCCUGCUGUGACUGGCUACUGGCCACAGCUUCCGUAGAUCAAACAGUGAAACUCUGGGACCUGCGCCAGAUUAGAGGGAAAGCCAGCUUCCUUUACUCGCUGCCACACAGGCAUCCUGUCAACUCAGCUUGUUUCAGCCCUGAUGGAGCCCGGCUCCUGACCACUGAUCAGAAGAGUGAGAUCCGGAUUUACUCUGCCUCCCAGUGGGACUGUCCCCUGGACCUGAUCCCACACCCUCACCGUCACUUCCAGCACCUAACACCCAUCAAGGCAACCUGGCAUCCUCGGUACAACCUCAUUGUUGUGGGCCGAUACCCAGAUCCUAAUUUCAAAAGUUGUGCCCCCUAUGAAUUAAGAACGAUUGAUGUGUUUGAUGGAAGCUCUGGGAAGAUGAUGUGUCAGCUCUAUGACCCAGAAUCUUCUGGUAUCAUUUCGCUCAACGAGUUCAACCCCAUAGGGGACACGCUGGCCUCUGCCAUGGGUUAUCACAUUCUCAUUUGGAGCCAGGAAGAGGCUAAGCCAUGGGAUGAAAAUGAGACACAUUGAAGAAAGUGUGGGCAAAGCAGCAGCUACGAGGCCACAAAUGGAAAUGAGUGCUAUGAAGAGGCAGCUACCUGUUACCGGGCCAAAAGUAUCCAAGUCUUAGGAUUGAAGACGGGCACUGUGGGAUGGGGACUGGGACAUUGGAAUGUUACUGCUUUUGACAGCUCCAGAAACUUAGGGUGAUCCAGCUGCCCUAAGAGUCCUGUUAUAUCUAGCCUGGAGCCAAGCUUACCCUGAAGCUAAAGUACUUUUCUCCUUUCUGAUAGGUGGUGGCUGAGUGAUCAGGGCGUGGUUUUUUUUUUUGUUUUUUUUUUUUU